CAAUCAAACAAUAAGCCCUGCUGAUUGGCUGGCUGGGCUUGUGCACCGCCCAUCAAGUUCUAUAUAAAUUUAAUAAUCCGGUCCUCCAUCUUUUUCGGUUUCCUGUGGCCCACCGAGUCCCUCGCCGGAAGAGUCUUUAGUCUCGCUGCUUCACGUCGUCUUGCUGAAAUGGCCAAGCCCAGAGUUUUCUUCGAUGUCACCGCCAACGGUAGCCCACUGGGCCGGGUCGUGAUGGAGCUUCGCCCCGAUGUCGUGCCAAAGACUGCUGAGAACUUCCGGGUUCUGUGCACCGGCGAAAAGGGAUUCGGCUACAAGGGCUCAAGCUUCCACCGCAUCAUCCCUGAUUUCAUGUGCCAGGGAGGAGACUUCACCAACCACAACGGAACUGGAGGAAAGUCCAUCUAUGGCGAAAAGUUUGCAGAUGAGAACUUCAACCUGGUACACACCGGACCUGGUACCCUGUCCAUGGCCAACGCCGGCCCCAACACCAACGGGUCCCAGUUUUUCAUCUGCACAGUGAAAACAUCAUGGCUCGAUGGGAAACAUGUGGUGUUUGGCAAAGUGGUGGAAGGGAUGGAUGUGGUGAAGAAGAUGGAAUCGUAUGGCACCUCAGGAGGAAAACCCAAGGCCAAGAUUGUCAUCGCCGAUUGUGGGCAGCUCUGAGUGGCUGUGGGACCCCCCCCCCCCCCCCCAGCUCAUCCUGUAGAUGUGCUCUCAUAGGCUCCGCCCCUCCAUAAAUCAACAUUCCUACAGAUGGAGAUUCAGCUUCCCUUUUUGUAUUCUGUUCAAUCAUGUUUCUGCAUUUGUGACUUUGCCUCUCAGAAGUUUCUUUUGCAUAAACGUUUUUCCACAAAGUCCCAACGGUUUUUAUUGAAUCCAGAAAGUGGAUAUAAAUAAAUUUAAAGUUGCCUUGAUUUGUUUCCAGCUGCCUGUUAGAUUAAAUUGGAUACAAGAACUUGAAUGGCUAAAUGGUUGUAAAUGAAUUUCUGCUCAAACUCUAAACUCCAGAAUAAAACGUGUAUAAAAGAACCGUUCCUGGUGAAACUAAAGCCGGGACCCGGAUGUAAAACUUGA